GUCUCGGCGGCAAUCUAGAAGCGACGGUUACUGUCAGACCAUUCCGUCCGGUGGUUAUCGAGUGGGGAUAGCACGGUUGGGAUUCAAGACGGGUCUAUUGUUUCGACUAGGCAGCGUGCAGCGGAUGUAUAAAGAGCCCAUGGUGCCACUUUCCGUCUUUAGAGGAUUUAUGUAAAGCGGUGUCGAAGAAUGUAGAAAGAAAGAGGGAGAGCUUUAAAUGCCAACUGGACGUAUACAUGAACAGCCAUGAACCAGGAUAACAGACAUUUUCGGACAAGGCAGUUGUGGACACGCAACGACAUUGAGUUCUUCUCCGCAGAGACAGGGUUCGACCAAGACGACGACUGCGACUGCGAAUGCGACAAGCGACUGUCUCCAGCACACACACAAGGUUUGGUGUCGUGCAACAACAUGAAUCGAAACGUGUUGUACCAGGUUUCUCCAGCACAGGUAGAACGCAUGAAGAUGUACAGGGCCGUCCGGCUGCCCUCGUCGAGCAGAAUCCGGAAUUACGAGUUGGUGAAAAGACUUGAAGCUGUUGCUGCGAGCCAUAGCACUAGCGUUCCUGUAGUGAUACGGGCAUGGGGAAAGGAGAGGGGCUAUGUAAGCUGGCAUUCGGAAGACGAAGAGGUCUUUGACGACGAAGAAGAUUACGACUACAAGGAGGAGGAAGAGGAGGAGUAUGGCUACUACCGCGAUGCUGAUGCCGACACCGAAGUCGUCGACAUGCUGGACACUUUGCAGAUUGCGGUUCGUCUCAGCAGGGCCGAGGUCAUGUUGUUGAACAAGACACUCACAGGGGAGUUAUAGUGUUCGUACACAUGUAAUUUUCUUCUCUUUCUUUUC